CCUACCCUAACCCUAACAAGAAGAAUACAAUUAUAGUUAGGAGGAGUUGUUCGUGUAUCUGUCUGCUUCAUGUUUCUGGUCUUCAUGAAACUCUCAUAGUUGAAUCAUAGGAUCAAAUGAUCUGGUUCUUUGAUUUAAAAAAAAGUCAGAGCAACAAUCUUGUUGAUAUAAACAUUUCAGGGUGGAAGUAAACUAAGACUCCCAAGGUGCCUUUCAGCAAGAAACAUCCAAUCACAGAGUUUAAUGUUCUCUUGUUGCACAAAGUGAAAUGUUUAUCUUCAGCUCACUCUGACCAUCUGAUCAAACAUCCAGCACUUACAAUCAUCUGAGUAAAGUUUACAAAUAAAAUAAGUCAGUCAGCACACAGACACACACACACACACUGCUGAUAUAAACAGUCUGUGUCAGGUCUUGUCAGGUUAAUUAAUCCUGACAAGCUGUUCUGUUUAAUCCGCCUUCCUCUGUCACACCAACCAAUCAGAGCUGCUGAUGUCAUCCUCUCCCCUCACCCACACGGUGUGUGUGUGUGUCUUCAGCCUCAGCAGCAGUAGUGUGAGGACAGAGCUCAUAUGAAGCGUCGCUGUGUCCCUCUGAAAGCCGACCACAACCUGCUGACCCCCGACACACACACACUGUUGGGGGUCAGGUUCCGUCCUGUCAUCCAGGUGAGGUCAGAGGCUGUGGCCUCACUGUCAGGACACCUGAGUGACUCAUCCAACAGCGAAUCAACUGUUGGAUCGACGAGACGGCGCUCAGCAGCGUCUCCAACUCGUCGUCUACGAUUUGAGGAUGAGACAGAGACAGAGGCAGAGUGUCGUUACUUGGAGCGUCAGCGACAGAGGAGACAGGCAGGGAAGCAAGCGCUGGGCGUCCUGGUCUCUAAACCCGACCUGAACCUGUAUGUCAAUAGCGGGGCGGGGCUCCAGGGGCCGCGGCAUAUUGUUGAUAGACAGCAUGGAGGAGGGACUGUGGGGGAGGGUCAGUGUGACUCUUGUGGUACAGUUUUAGAAGGAGGAGUCAACCUGAACCUCCAUCUCCACCCGACCCCACUUGUCCCUGACAAUGCAGAGCAGAGCCUGUACUGGCCCCACCUCAACCUGCGGACUGAGCCAAUCAAAGAGACAUACAUCGGCUCAGUCACACUCACUGACAGCAGCAGAGGAGGGGGAGGGGCUCAAGGAGUCCCUAACAUGCAGGUGAGGAGGAGGACCAAUCAGGUGGAACUAAAUGGAAACCAGGCCCUGCACACCACAGAACUACCAAUCAACCCCUACGCUGACCCACUGGUCACUCCCACUAUUAAGCACACCUCUGUUCUAAGUCUGGCAACCUCCAGACCUUCCUCUUCCUCUCCUCCCCCUGUUACAUCAGCAGGGGGGUCGCAGAACACAAGGCUCAAUGGCACAACACCAGGCCAGAGUAUGAACCAGAACCAGGAGGAGCGGGGGAUACCAGCAGCAGCCAAGCCUCACAAAGAGCUCCCAUCUGGAGGGGACACGAAGAAGAGCCCCUGUGUGGCUCCAACAAUGAAGAACUCCUCCUCCUCAGAGACAGCAGUGGAGAGCCAAACCCCACCCACCUCAGAAAGCAGCAGCGAGGGACAUGUAAGACAGCCAAUGACAGUACAGCUCCACAGUGACCUCACUGCACUUCCUGAACAGUUCGGCAGCAGAGACAAAUUGUCUCGUCUGUCUCUGCGUAAUCUCUUCUCCUCUGUUACACUGAGCCGGACUCGGACCAGCAGCCUGGACCGCCUCACCAUACGGCCCCGCCCAACUGCAUAUGACUCCACCCCUUGUGACUCCACCCCUUGUGGCCCCACCCCCUCUGAUCCCAGGAAGUCCUCCAGCCUGCUCAGUGUGCAGGGGUCGCCCUUCUUGCAGUUGAGGAAGUCGUCCUCAGUUCAGAGUUUUGUGUCGGAGCAGAAGAAGAAGAAGGAUCGAUCAGCUGACUACAGACCAGCUGAUGAGCGGUACCUGCAGCGGAGCCUUAGUGUGGAGGACGUCGGGUGUCCUGGAUCGCUGCGAUCUGUUGGCCGACUUCUUCAUGUUCGUCCUGACGGAACGUUUCUGCUGGAGCUCAGCCGGCCACAGAACCAAACCUAUGGCUUCAUGAUCAGCAGAGGGAGCAAAGGCGUGUAUGUGGAGGACGUGUUGUAAUGACGUGUGUCCUGUCUACAGGCGUGUAUGUGGAGGACAUGUGAUGGCGUGUGUCCUGUCUACAGGCGUGUAUGUGGAGGACAUGUUGUGAUGACGUGUGUCCUGUCUACAGGCGUGUAUGUGGAGGACAUGUUGUGAUGGCGUGUGUCCUGUCUACAGGCGUGUAUGUGGAGGACAUGUUGUGAUGGCGUGUGUCCUGUCUACAGGCGUGUAUGUGGAGGACGUGUUGUGAUGGCGUGUGUCCUGUCUACAGGCGUGUAUGUGGAGGACACGUGAUGGCGUGUGUCCUGUCUACAGGCGUGUAUGUGGAGGACAUGUGAUGGCGUGUGUCCUGUCUACAGGCGUGUAUGUGGAGGACACGUGAUGGCGUGUGUCCUGUCUACAGGCGUGUAUGUGGAGGACAUGUUGUGAUGGCGUGUGUCCUGUCUACAGGCGUGUAUGUGGAGGACGUGUUGUGAUGGCGUGUGUCCUGUCUACAGGCGUGUAUGUGGAGGACAUGUUGUGAUGGCGUGUGUCCUGUCUACAGGCGUGUAUGUGGAGGACAUGUUGUGAUGGCGUGUGUCCUGUCUACAGGCGUGUAUGUGGAGGACAUGUUGUGAUGGCGUGUGUCCUGUCUACAGGCGUGUAUGUGGAGGACGUGUUGUGAUGGCGUGUGUCCUGUCUACAGGCGUGUAUGUGGAGGACGUGUUGUGAUGACGUGUGUCCUGUCUACAGGCGUGUAUGUGGAGGACAUGUUGUGAUGGCGUGUGUCCUGUCUACAGGCGUGUAUGUGGAGGACAUGUUGUGAUGGCGUGUGUCCUGUCUACAGGCGUGUAUGUGGAGGACAUGUUGUGAUGACGUGUGUCCUGUCUACAGGCGUGUAUGUGGAGGACAUGUUGUGAUAGCGUGUGUCCUGUCUACAGGCGUGUAUGUGGAGGACAUGUUGUGAUGACGUGUGUCCUGUCUACAGGCGUGUAUGUGGAGGACAUGUUGUGAUGACGUGUGUCCUGUCUACAGGCGUGUAUGUGGAGGACAUGUUGUGAUGACGUGUGUCCUGUCUACAGGCGUGUAUGUGGAGGACAUGUUGUGAUGGCGUGUGUCCUGUCUACAGGCGUGUAUGUGGAGGACAUGUUGUGAUGACGUGUGUCCUGUCUACAGGCGUGUAUGUGGAGGACAUGUUGUGAUGACGUGUGUCCUGUCUACAGGCGUGUAUGUGGAGGACAUGGUGGACAGCAGCAUUGAGAAGCUGUACGCAGGUCUGCUGGCAGUCGGAGAUG